CAUGUUGACAAUGGCGGGUAGCAUGCUCCACUCGAAGCCUACCAUAACAAGGAAGUGAUACUAUGCUGAUAGGAAGGUAGCGCAGUCAUGGGGGAUUUCUCGUGGAAAGCGGCCAGAAGGAAAUACGGUGUCGUUGUGUACAACUACACGACUGGCGGUGUGAAAGGUUGUCUCCCCCUGGAGAUAGGUGAAUGUGUCCACAUACUGGAAGAGUACUGCACUGGAUCUGGAGCGGACAGGAAAGCAACAUGGUAUCGGGGCUACUCCUUCCACAACAGGAAAGCCAAGGGUAUAUUUCCAGCAUCAUUCGUCCACCUGAAAGAAUGCAACGUGGAAAACGAGGGCCCUUACGAGAGUGUGAUUCCAAUCGAGGAUGCCAUCAUCAAGGAAGUAACCUUCGUGUUGCGAGAAUGGAAUCUCAUCUGGAAACAACUCUUUGUGGAAGACAGCAGGCUGUUCGGGACGAUCACCACAGUCAUGGUGGAUCUCAUGAACUUCCGGUGCCAACUUGUUGCCAACACACUGACCAAUGACCAGUGCUGGGACUUGAAGGAACAGAUCAUCUCCCGUAUAGACUGGGGCAAUGGGAAACUUGGCCUUGACCUGGUCCCGCGGCGGGAUGGGAAGCAGGUUGACCCGGACAACUGCAGCUUCAUCGAGUUGUACAGACUGCACUCUCAAAGCAUGGAGGCAUCUAAGGGAACAAGUCCUCGCAGACAAACGAUCAGAGACAAGGCACGGAGUAGUCGGGAGAAGGUGGCGUCAUCAAUGGCUCAUCUGGUGCUCAGCUUCAAGUCCCUUGCUUGCAACGUCGGCGACGAGUCGGAGACCUACUUCUCCCUGUAUGACAGCAGCACCAACAAGUUCAUCAGUGAGAAGUUCUUGGUCCGGAACACUAACAAGGGCAUGCCAGUGAACAUGGAGAAGCUUCACAACUACAGGGGGAUCUUCAUGGACCUUAAUGAAGCAGAUUUGGAAAGAGAACUUUACUUGGUGGCUCAAAUAUUCCGAUCAGCUACGUCUAUGUUACAAAGCAGUGAGCAGCAAACCCCACCCAAGAGUAAAGGCCGGAUGCUGCAGGAGUCGUCGAGCAAGAAGAUUCCCAAGUUCCAUUACCGCAGACCAUGGGGGGCUGCAGUGUUAUAUCUGAAGGAUGUCCUUGCAUUAAAACGUGAAGAGGAGCUUGACUUCCAAAUGAAGGUCCAGAGCUGUGUGGAGAGUGAGUCUUCCUUCCCCCACCUACAUGAGACAUUGAUAAAGAAACAGAGUAUGAUGAUUGGGAAAGGCUUCACCAUUGAGAAAGACAAGCAAACAAUAGGUAUUGCUGUGUCCAUGAAGUUGCUCCAUGGGGACCUGACCAGCGUCAAGGCAGAACAACCCAUCAUGUUCAGCAAGGGUAUCACUAUGAUACAGAAAAUUGGGUUCUCAGACUCCAUUAACCCAGGUGAGGUUCGGAAUGACCUUUACCUGACCCUCGUCAACAGUGAAUUUGAUCGAGGCAGUAAGAAAGCAGCCAAGAAUGUGGAGGUCACGGUCACAGUGUUCGACAGCAAUGGUGAUAUGAUACCGGAGUGCAUAACAGGUGGGUGUGGGGAAGACGCUGUCACCAAAUACUUCUCCUCCAUCUUCUACCACAACAACAACCCCAAGUGGAACGAUACUAUACGUCUGUCCAUUCCAAUAGACAAAUUCCAGUGUGCUCACAUACGAUUUGAAUUUUGCCAUUGCUCCACCCGGGACAAGACUGAGAAGCAGCUAUAUGGUUUCUCCUACCUGUCCCUCAACCCUUAUGACUCGGCCACACAAGCAGAUGGCACACACGCCCUGUGUAUAUACAAGUGUGAUAAUGCAAGCAAAAUUAGGAACUAUAUGAAACUCCCAUCGUUCCAAGAGGACUUCAAUGACCCCAAAAUCAUGUCCACUUUGCCCAACCAACUUCCGUACAAUCGCAGCAGCAAGGAGUACCUCACAGUGUCAACAUUCCUCUGUUCAACCAAGUUCACCCAGCAAGCGGACCUUGUCAGGGUGUUCCAGUCCAGCAGUAGACAAGAGUGUAUUGAGAAGAGUCUACACAAUCUCAUCAACCUCCGAGGCCAGGAGGUGGUCAGGUACCUUCAAGAUAUCCUGGAUGCCUUGUUCUACAUGUAUGGACACACCAGUAGUGAAGGGGAGCGCUUCAAACACGCUGCAGAAGUCUUUCAUGCCUUAGUCCAUAUAUUCAACCUGCUGCAGGACAGCAAGUUUGAGAAGUUUGUGUGUGUGCUGGAGGCCUAUCUGGAGGAGAACUUCUCCUACCCCCUUGCUUAUCGAGAUCUUCUAAGUUGCCUUCAUGAGAAGACGGAACUUGCAGUCAGCUGUGCUGACUUUGACAAGGAAUAUACUGUAGAAGAUGUUUUUCAGGUGCUAGAACAGAUCUUCAGGUUUAUAGAGAAGUCCUACAGGCUGUUCCAGGGACAAUAUGGAGUCGAGCCCGACAACUUCAAGCAGCUCCUGGGCAGUGUGUUUCGCAGCUAUGGGAGAAUCAUGUCAUCCACUGAGGUAGCCCUGCGUCGAGCACAGGCGAAGCUGCUGAGGGAGCUGAACAAGACAUUCCAGCCGCUGCUGAAGCUCAUUACCCGCAAGGAGCUGGCGGGUCUUAUCCAGGAGAUGUGCAGCAAGAUGCCCAAGGAGCUGCCGCCCUUGCUGCUGGAGGCCAAGCUGCAGCUCUGUCGGGAUAUGGUCAACUCCGUGCUCUUCACAGAACAAGUGUCCAGGGAUAUUGUGUUGCCCAUGUGUAUGUCUGUCAUCAAGAAAUGCCUUAUCACCAAGCGAGUUCUUCCUCUGGCAUCUCAGACUCUGGGAGACAUCCUGGACCAGUUCAGAGAGAUCUCGGUGCCUGACGGAGACAGCCAGUACGUCCUGAAGAUCUUGUUCGACUUACUGAUGCAGACCCUGUUGAUCAUGGACGAGGUGCAGCAAGAGGAAGCUGGGGGCAUGAUGAUCUGCUGCCUCAUGGAGCUCCUCAGGAAGAUGGAGGAACUGCACUACACCUCUCUCAUGAACACCUACCCCAAGGGGAGGCCACUCAAGGACUUCCUGAUCCGAGUGCUGCUGGUUUUCCGUGACCUCAUCAAGCGGGAUGUGUUCCCUGCCAGCUGGACUCUCAUGAGGAUGGUGACCAACCACGUGAUCCUGACCGCCAUUCAGUACGUGGCCCAGUCCCUCACAGAACACUUCCUCACUGGGUCAGACUUUGAUAACCAGUUGUGGAGCAACUACUUUGACCUGGCGGUAUCCUUCGUCACACAGGACAGUCUCCAGCUGGAGAGAUUCUCUGAUGCCAAGAGGAACAAGGUCAAGGACAGAUACCAAGACAUGAGAGUUCUCAUUGGUUUACAGAUUCAGACCUUAUGGAAUGGACUAGGCAACCAAAAGAGACAUUUUAUUCCAUCCCUGGUUGGUCCAUUCCUGGAGGUUACCAUGGUACCAGAAACUGAUGUCAGGAAGGCAACAAUUCCUAUUUUCUUUGAUAUGAUGUUGUGUGAGCAGAAUAUAAAGGGAAACUUUACCUCAGUGGAGAGCGAGAUAAUCGAGAAGCUGGAUAUCCUGAUCACAGGAAACAAUGGCGAUACAGAGUACAGGACGCUCUUCAACCAGAUACUUCUGGACAAGGUACAGACGGAGCCUGUUCUACGAGAAGAUGGCCGCCGCUUUGUUGUAUCAGUCACUAAUCUCCUGGAAAAGCUUCUCGACUACAGACAAGUUAUUGAGGGGGAUGAACACCGGGACAAGAGGAUGCACUGCACGUUCAACAUUCUUAAUUUCUACAAGGACAACAUCAACCGUGAGGAGAUGUACAUCCGCUACAUCAACAAGUUGUUCAUCCUCCAUCACGAUGCCAACAACUUCGUGGAGGCCGGACUGACGCUGCAGUUGUAUGCGCAGCUGUUGCGGUGGACCCCGGACCAACUUUCGGCCAACCUUGGGUACCCCUCACAGAAGGAAUUGGAGAGGAAGGAGGAACUCACGCUCAAGGUCAUCGAGUGCUUCGACAAGGGCAAGGCCUGGGAGUAUGGGAUUCCACUCUGCAAGGAGCUGGCGGAGGUGUAUGAGAAGAAGCUCUUCAACUACAAGAAGCUCAGUCAAAUAUUGCAACGAGAGGCAGCAUUCUUCAACAAUAUCCUGGAGGGUCCCUCCUUGAGGCAGAACCCUUCCUACUACAGAGUGGCCUACUACGGCAUGAGCUUCCCGCCAUUUGUCAGAAACAAGGAGUUUGUCUACCGCGGAGACGAGUGUCUAAAGUUGGCCACCAUCAUGAGUCAUCUGACCACGGAGUUCCCGUCAGCCUCCAUUCUCACCAGCAACACCCCUCCGGACGACAAGGUUCGAGAGGGGGACCAACAAUGCAUCCAGAUCAGCAGUGUGAAACCUGUGGCUUCUGAGAGGUCAGAGUUUCAAGGUCACACGGUUCCAAUGGAGAUCAGCAACUUCUACAGCGUCAAUGAGGUGGAUGUGUUUCAAUUUGACCGACCCUACCACCGAGGGGAAAGGAAUAAGGACAAUGAAUUUAAGACACUGUGCCUUGAGAGGAAGGUGUUGAAGACAAGCUACAAAUUGCCAGGGAUACUGCGAUGGUACGAGGUGGUCCAGACAGAGGUGCUACACCUGCCCCCCAUAUUGGUGGCCGUGGAGAACAUGAGGACGGUCAACACGGAGCUGGACUACCUGACCGGCCGGUGCAAGUCCAACACAGACAUGUUCUUCCAGCAGCUGAUGAUGAGGCUGCAGGGCGUCAUCAACAGCGUGGUCAAUGGUGGGCUGCCCAAGUACCAGGAGGCAUUUUUCUGUGAUGAGUUUGCAUCGAAGCAUCCCGACGAAGUGUGCCACCUGAUAGAGCUGAAGACACUGUUGGUGGAGCAGGUCGACCUGAUGGAGCAAGGGCUGCGAAAGACUGAGUCCAUGUGCACUGAAGAAAUGAAGCCUUUGCAGAAGAAUCUGGUUGAGAUGUUCAGCAAACUCAAGCAGGAUAUCACCGAUUCUGGUUCUCCGAGGGCUGGAAGGUUACGAGGUGGGUCUCUGGGGGCAGUGAUACGCCCUGGCACCCCGGGGAGCGGAUCCCUCAACUCCAGUAGCAGCAACAGGUCUUCCAUCACAUCGGCGGAGGCCAUGUCCCAGGACGGGGACAACAUCUACAUGGAUCCGCCUGAGGACUCUGGUAUGCCUCCCCCACCCCCUGAAAAACGGAGAAUUGGCUCCCGUCUUGCUAACUAUGGGGCCCACCUGGGGGGUCAGCAGGCACCCCCCAUUCCCUCCCGCCCGGCCUCUGCGCUGGUGUCUGGAUCAGCGCUGCAACAGCUGACAUCCCGACUGCAGCAGUCCCGAGGAGUAACCGGCAGCGACCCAGCUCUCAACCAGUCUCCCACCAGUCAGAGAGCGUUGUCCAGCUCGAUGUCCAGCUCCAAUCUUGGGUCAGGAUCAAGGACGCCUGAUGCACAGAACAUGCGGCGAUUUGUGUCGAGCCCAGACACAUCAAACACUGACCCCUCCACACCCCCACCCCUGCCCCAGAGGAGGACCUCCAAUGCUGCAGAGAUUGGAACUGGUAUCCUGAACACCCGACCACCACCCCCACCUCCCAGACAGACCACACAUGAUUUGCGGUUCCUGUCCUACAAUGUCCCCUCCCCGACAUCGGGCAAUGUUACCCCAGUUCCUGAAGAGAAGCCAGCCAUCCCCAGCAGGACAAGGAGUAUUGCCGUUGUAAAUGGAUCAUUCGAUCAAGGCUUAACUGCUGUCAGGGAACAAGCCAGCGGUGAAGACAAGAUCCCUCCCUUGCCUCCACGUGUCCCCCCUCGGCCCUCCAUCCCAUCCCUCCCAGAGGCAGGCUCACCAUCUCAACCACCAGCUAAUGAAAAUAUCACUUCUCCUCCACCAGUUCCCAAACGAACAAGCAUGUACAGAGGGGUGUCCUCUGGUAGUGUUGAGGACACCCACAUGUAGGAGAAGAUUGAACAGUUUGUCCAGGAGGACGUCCUGUAGGAGAAGAUUGAACAGUUUGUCCAGGAGGACGUCCUAUAGGAGAAGAUUGAACAGUUUGUCCAGGAGGACGUCCUGUAGGAGAAGAUUGAACAGUUUGUCCACCAGGACGUCCUCUUGUGUUGAAGACACCCAGACAUAGAUACGUACAGACAUAUUUCUGCAGGAGGACAUUACUAUGUACAUAGAGACAGAAAGUUUGAAGGGGAGGCCUCUCCUUCCACGAAGGAAACCCAUGUGGAGACCAAGAUGAGAAUGUGUCUGUUCGGUAUAGGAGAUGUCAGGGAAGCUGAUGCCCAGCGUGUGGGGGAUUCCUCCACAUCCAGCUGUGGGUAACAGUGGGAUUGAUGCCAGCAGUGCUGGAAGAGCUUCUCUUGUGGAAGACACACAGAUAAUGAACCUGACAGGAAGAUAUUCUCAUGGUGCAGCUAAGACUACUGCUUCAGUUUGGACAACUGUGGAACUGCUAGAGCAGAGGUAGAACAAUCUAGGUCAUAUAAAGGUCACAGUUUGAUAUUUUGUAAUUAGUUGUAAAAGAACUAGAAGCCCUAAUUAUGAUUUGUUUUGAAUUAUUGAUUUUCUUGUGAUAAUUGUAUUUAUGACAACUAGAAGCCCUCAUUAUGAUUUGUCUAGAAUUAUUAAUUUCUUGUUAUAAUUUAUUUCUUGAAAUUGUGAUGCCAAAUAUGGAGUGUCAAAAUUUGAUGGACAGCCUGUGUGACAGACUUUAGGCUUAUAGUUUCAAGGCAAAGAUAUACACA